AUGUCGAACUAUGGGAAAUGGUUUGACUUCUGUCGAGACUCGGGGAGUGCGAGAGCGACAAUUCCAGUCUGUAAUCUCUUUAACGAAUCGCCGACUCGAGGCGGUGACGGUUAUGGCGGAUGCGACCUAAACGGCAUAACAUUGAGCAACGACAAUUAUUUGGGAAACCUCGGAUCGAUAUUGUUCUGCUUCGUUGCAAUACUUGUCUCAUUCUUUUUGCUAUGGCGUUCACAAAUGAAGAAGGCGGCAGUAGGCCGAAGAGAGAUGCAAAUGUUCCUCAUUGGCUAUAUAAUCGUUUCGAUUUGCGAAAUCUUCUCCGUCGGUUUCUUCCCGCUCGACGGGAAGGUUCGAAUUGUCUUCUCCGCUUUACACAUCGCCGCCGUGAUCGCAUCAGUCUGGAUGCUGAUGCUCAACGGGGUUGUCGGCUAUCAGCUCCUGGAAGAUGGCACGCCACUCUCCAUGGGAUUGACCAUCGUCUCGGCGCUCAUUCUCUUCGUCGGCACCGGAUAUAUCGCGCUUGAUACGGGCUACAGCUGGACGGGAUACUGGGACGACACCCUGAAUCCACCAAACCAAGCAUACGCGCUGUACACGCUGUAUCUGCUUGCACCACUGGUGUUCCUGGUCGUCUUUUUCGUGCUAGAAACCUUCCUGGUCCUACGAAUACUUGGGGAGAGAAAACCAAUGCUGUACCUUGGCGCUGCUGCCCUUCUUUUCGCCCUCAGCCAGAUCUUCCAAUUCGUCGUUAGCGUGCACAUCUGCACCGGCAGCAAAGGUCGCAUUAACGGCGGCAUGUUCGAGUCCCUCUUCGUCUUGCUUUCCGUCGUCAUGAUCUGGGUGUUCUGGUCGAGUAUCACGGAAGACGACUGGCCCAUCCCAGCAGCAUGA